AUGUCUCCAUCCAAAGAUAUUCCCCAGCUGGGCUUCUGGGAGUGGGCCGAUCUCCCGUUCGUGAAGCUCUCGAUCUACGGUAGCAUGCUGUACGCUGCUAUCACGGGCGCAUUCCGUGGCAAAGCCAGCCCGAAGAAAUUCAGUCACCACCUCAUUACUGCCGCAGUGAGGAAAUAUACCGACCGCACCACGCUGCGACAGAAACAGUACAUUCAACCUCCGACCGACGACGUCUAUGCCUCGGUCAUGCGCCAGAGAGGCCUGCAGCCCGAGACCGUUGAGCUGCCUCACAACGCCGCGGGCCACUGGAUCGGAAACAAAAACGCGAAGAAUGUGCUGGUGUACUAUCACGGCGGCGGUUUCGUCAUGCCGGCGCUCCCUUCUCAAGUCGGGUUCUGGGUCGAUAUGAUCAAAGCGCUUAACGAGAACGGCCACGACAUUGCCGUGCUCUUCCCUCGUUACUCGCUUGCUCCGUUCGGUUCGUACCCGACCCAGCUGCGCCAGUCCGUCGGGGCCCUGCGAUACAUCCUGACAGAGACGGGCCGCUCGCCCUCCGACGUGAUGAUCGGCGGUGACUCGGCCGGUGGGAACCUGGCCCUGGCUGUACUCUUGCAUCUCUCGCACCCGCAUCCGGACAUUGACCCACUGGAACUGUCCGCUCCGCUGGCCGGCGCCUUUGGGUACGCGCCCUGGAUUAACUUCAGUGUCGACUGGCCGUCAAUGACGGAGAAUGCGUACAAAGAUGUCCUGACGACCACCGCCCUGAACAUUUGGUCGAAAGCGUACAUGGAUGGCAAGACCGGGGACAGCUGGAGUGAGCCGGACCGGGCGCCUGUCGAUUGGUGGAAGGAUGUCAAGACGGAGCAUGUCAUGAUUCUGGUUGGCGGCGAUGAGCUCUUUCUCUCGCCGAUCGAGGCUUUUGCCAAGAAGGUGAAGACUGCCUUCCCCAACACCACCUACGUGGUCGGCGACGACGAGUCCCACGAUGCACCAUUCUUUGUUGCAGCGCAGGAAAAAGAGGAAACGCAAACGGGUGCGGAGCUGCGAAAAUGGAUCGCAUCUCGGCUAUAA